UAGAGCAGCCUUUAGAUCAUUUCGAUAAAAAAAAUAUAAAUACUUGGAAUAUGAGGUAUAUGGAAAGAUUAGAUAAAUGGAAGAAAGAUGGUCCUAUAUACCUAUUUAUGUACGGUGAGGGUGAAGCAAGUCAGGUAUUUCUUCAAACUGGUAUUUUGUAUGAAUUAGCCGAGGAAACAAACGGGGCUAUGUUGCUAUCUGAACACAGAUACUAUGGAAAGAGCAAGCCUUUUGAAGAACUCACAACUGAAAAUCUAAAGUUCCUAAGUUCAAGGCAAGCACUCGCAGAUACUGCUAGAUUGUUGGAAUUAGUCAAAUCAGAACCUCAAUAUGAAAAUUCGAAAAUUGUUGUUGUUGGAGGAUCAUACGCAGGUAAUUUGGCUGCUUGGAUGAGACUACUGUAUCCCAAUUUAAUUAAUGCUGCUAUAGCCAGUAGCGCUCCGGUAUUAGCAAAGAAAGAUUUCUACGAAUAUUUAGAACACGUCAGCGAUGAUUUUGAACAACACGGUACUGAAGACUGUAUGGAGAAAAUUAAUGAAAUUUUUACUACAUACGAGAAACGAUUUCGAACAGUAGAUGGCAUUAAACAACUUAAAAAGGAGGAGUACAUCUGUGAAGACACCGAUAUGACGAAAGUCGAAAAUCAGCAAUUAUUCUUUUUGGAUAAAAGCUCUGCAUUUAUGUACAUUGCACAAUACGGGAACCCAGAUGUCAUCAAGACGUAUUGCGAAGAUAUUAAAAAUACCUCUCUUGUAUUUUCUUCUAAAGUAGAUGAAAACGAUUUUUACGACACUAAAAAUAAUUGUUACGAUUAUGAAUUUGAAGAAAUGAUUCAAAACACGAAAGAAAUAGACUGGCUCGUUUCAUGGACAUAUCAAACUUGUACUGAAUUCAGUUACUUUCCGAGCACAUCAUCAAACAAACAUCCUUUUACUGAUAAUAUAAGUAUGGACCUGUUUUAUAAAAUGUGUACUAAAACUUUUGGUCCGAACUUUGACGAAAAGAGAAUAGAGGCUGGGGUUAUGGAAACCAAUAUGAUGUAUGGUGGAUUAACUCCUAAUGUAACAAAGGUGGUAUUUGUUAACGGUGAUCUAGACCCAUAUCAUAGAUUAAGUAUUCUAGAAGAUUUAUCUUAUGAAGCUCCAGCAAAAGUUAUUCCACGUACAUCCCAUUGCAGAGAUUUAUUUUCAAACAGAUCUGGCGACCCUGAAGAACUUAUCGAAGCCAGGUAUUAUAUAAAAUAUUUGAUAAAAAAAUGGAUAGGUCUUGGUGACUAUAACAAACCAAAUGAAAUAAAGCACACAACCUAGAUACUAGAAUGUUAUAAUAUUAUUAUGUACUUGAUUAAUAAAAUUUAAAUCAAAAGUUUCGUUAACUAAUGAAUAUUUUUUUCAAUUACCAUUUCAUAUUCUUUUAAUUUUAAAAUAUUCACGUCAGAUUAUUUAAGAUAAUUGUAAUUUAUUUACAAAAUACCAGUAGGAAAGGGAAACGCUCCCUGAAAACUUUGAAGAUGACUUUUAUCUGAAUAAAAGUGGAGACAAUGUCUCUUCAUCGGUACCUAUUCCGCGUAAAUUCCCGACAGAUAACAUUGUUAUGAGGGUCGUAAUAAUGAGCCGUAAUUUUGUUUUCUCUUUUUCCCUUUCUUCUACUGGUUACCUAUCUACCGCUUACGGUUAGUUAGGUUAUGUAGAGAAGCAAAUUGAAGUGCUUGUCAUGUUCUUAUUAUAAUUUAGAGUGAACAGAUUCUGUUUUUGUAUUCUGAUAAUAUUAACACGAAUGACAUUAGUAACGAAAAAGUAAGGUAUCCUUACAAAACUACAAAAUGCACAAGAUUACGUCAGCUUUUGGUUGAAUCGAUUUAGCAAUGUACAGUGUAAGACAUGAAUGUAAUGUACAAGUUUUCGAUAAAAAAAUGAAACGGAAUGUAAUUCCAUCAUAAAAAAAUACUAAAAUAAAAUAAAACAAUAAUAUUAUACUAAAAUAAAUGUAACUUUAUUCAUAUACAUGUUUCUUAACAAUAAUGUUAUUCGUGAACCAACACCCUAAAAUACAAAAUACAGUUGGAUGUUGAUCUUGUUUGUUGGAUGUUUUUUUUUCCAAAUAAUGGAAAAUAUUUUAAUAUCAAACUUAUGUUUUUUCUUAUAUUACAGUUACAAAUUACAUGUGAUAUAAACGUAUAUAGUAAAAUAAUUACAAAAAUAUAUCUUGUCGAUGCUUAAAAUGCUUAUGAAAUGUCUCGUUUAAAAAAAAUAUCGCUAUCAAUGAAUUAUUUACGUAUCUUUAUAUUUAUCUAUAAUAAUAAACAAGAUACAAUAUGGUAACGUC